AUGGACACAGAAUUGCGUCCCCAAAUAAAAAUGAAACCAUUGAGUAGAUUCUAUUUUGUCGCUUCAACUAACCCUGGGGAGCAGUUUUACGUGUUUGCAUCUGUUGCCGCUUGGCUCAUAAGGAAAAUUGGUAAAGAUUUCGAACAACCAAACGAAGAAGAUGAUCCUAACUCAAUUAUCACUAACAUUAUAGAUUUCCUUAGGGAAAGAAAUAUUUCUGUCGAUUUUUCGCCGAGCAAACUUAAACAAGGAUACGGUGAGCAAGUAUGUUACAUUCUGAACGUUUUGGCACAAGAAGCUAUGAUGUCAAUAAAUUUUGAAUGGCAAAAGCCUAUAGUAGAUAUACCAGAGGCAGAAGAAAACACAGACGACCUAGAUCAAGUUGAAGAUGAAACGGAAAUAAUUCUCGAUAAGGUGGAAGAAGAAAUGGAGAUAUAUUCUGAACAGUCAGACGAUGAAUAUGGAAAUGCAGAUGAAAAGGAACCUGAUAACAUCGGUCAUAAGGUUCACGAUUGGGAAGCAUGGAAGUUAGAACUGGAGAGGGUGGCGCCGGCUUUGAGAUUGAAGAUAACCGCUGAUGGUAGGGACUGGCGAGCGAGACAUUCGCAGAUGAGAACGUUCAGAGAUGACCUACUCGAUAGAUUUAAAACGACGGGAUCUCAAUUGAACAAAUUACAUUCGAAUAUAAGUUCGGUCAUAGACAAAAUAACAGCUAGAGAAAAUAUCAUAAAUGAACAAUUUGAACCGUUAGUUAGAGAGUAUGGUGCGCUGCUAGAUGAACUGAAUAAAGUUAGUAAUGAGUACAAGGAAGUAAGCGUAGGGGUGACUGAGAGACAAGAGAUGUUGAAUGAAAUUACAGCUAAAGUUGAGAGUAUCAAGCAAAGAACAGAAUCUAGAGGAUCGUCGAUGAACGACAACUCUCCUUUAGUGACAGCAAAGAAAGCUGUCACGACAUUAAAAAAGGAUAUUCAAGAGAUGGAUUUCCAAAUUAUAAUAUUACUAUGGUUUUUAACCACUAAAGAGAAUCCGAAUAGUAACAAUUUUCUAGCAAACGCUGAAUCUAGAAUAGUAACUGCCGAAGCUUAUUAAUCAGUGUUAACAAUUUAACAUGUACACACUAGGUUACAAAAUAAAUAUUAGAUAACAUCACAUUAUUUACAUUGCUCACACCCCAAAUUAAGUAGCUAAAGCACUUGCAUUAUGAAAUUCUGAAACAACGAAGGUACCACAACACCCAGACCCGAGACAAUAUAGAAAAGUUAAUUUUCAGUUAUUUACCGAUCGGGUAUCGAAUCAGGACCUCAGAGAUGGUGACACCUUGAAACUGGCGUACAAACCACUUGGCCAUAUAGGUCAACCUCAAAAGAUCAAACUGUAAUCGAUCUUGAAUUUUAUUAUUUAUGGAUCAAGGUUUAAAAUAGAUUUAAAAACUUGGCCUUUUGUAUUAAACUGACAUUCUGUCCAUUGUACAAGAGUUUUAAUAAAGUUAAAUAAAAUACUUAUUACAGUACAAUCUCUUUAUUUGUCAUAUUUAGGAUAAAGGUAAUGUGACUUAAAUAAUAUUAUGCAUUAGCUACAUUUUCUUUAAAAAUAUUAGAAUCCUGAAGUACGAUCAGAAUAUAAAAGUAACAAAAUAAUAUUUUAAAACAUUUCAGAAAUAAAAUAAGCAACAUCAAAACGUAUAUAUCUUUGGUUUAAGCUAAAGGUUAUACUUUUAGGUAACAUUAAUGCUUGGGAUGAAUGUGAUUUGUAGUGAAGUGCCAAUAUAGAGGUUGUGGCGUAACGUUAUAUACCUAUAACCUUGUACUCUAGGAUUGAGUACCCUAAGCCCUAUCAUAAAAAAUAUGUACUCCCUGACUCAUGUACUUUUUGUGUCAUUUCUUUUCAAAUUUUUAAGAAAUUUGCUUUUCUUUCACUUUUUCUGCCAUCAUUCACUCUUUGAUUUGUUCUCCAAUAAAUGCGUUAUUAUGUAAAUACACUGGACAGCAAAACUAAGUAUCACACUUUUAAAAUGGCAAUAACUUUUUAAGUACACAAGAUACACUAUCGAAAUAAAAAGGACUCGAAAAAGAUUUUUUUUAGUAAAAUAAAGUAAAUAAAGCUGAUAAAAUUUACUAUAACAUGGUAUUUAUUUUAAAUCGCUAAACUUAUAUAGAUUACAAAAAAAAUAGGUUUCAAAAGUGUGAUACAUACUUUUGCAGGUCAGUGUAUUACAAUUUCAGUAUAGCAAGUCCAUUUAAUUAUUUAUAAAAUGCUUAAUUAAAUAUUUUGUUUUCUUUUAAAUUAAAGUUUGAGCUCGUUAUUGAAUAUUAUGAUGAAAUAGUAAUAAAUUAUACAAUUUCUGAAUAGCAAUAACUAUUUUUCCAAAAAGGUUAUGGAAUGUCUACUUACGGUUUUAAAAACUACAUUAUUGGCACAAAUUUAUUAGCUAUGUUAACAUAUUUUUUUAACACUAGACAUGCUUAAACAUUUCUUUUGAUCAAAUAAAAAAAAAGACUUUAUAGACUUAAAAAAUAUUUACGUAUGCUGUAAAAAUUCUCUUUUUUUAAAUUAAAGGUGACCGAAAUGUGAAAAAAAGCAAUUUUUUCAAUAAUGAAAAAUAUAUAACAAACACUAGUUGAGUCAGCGAGUUCGUAAUUUUUUUUUAAAGAUAGGGCUUAAAGUUUUAAAUUCGAGAAGACAAGGUUAUCCAUUAAUUAAGCCACACCCAGUAUACAUUACCUAAAAUAGCAUUGGCUAGGUACAAAAUGAUAGUCAUGAAUACAUAAUGAUAUCGAUAUAAAACAUUCAAGUACGAAUCGAAAACUUAUUUGUAGGACGUCAUCUACAAUAGUUUGACAUUUCUGUUCAAUACAAAUUCGAUUCCCACUUGAUGGGUCUUAUUGCUAAGGGCACACGUGCUGUUAUUUGCACUGUGUGCACGUGUGCCCUUUGUUUCUCUAAACAAACAUCAAGAUACCUUUGAUGGAAUAUUUUUAUACGUAUGUUUCAUAGACAAUUUUGUCAAUAGUAUAACAUAUUAAUUGUGGAAUUGUGUAAGAACUUAAUUAUCGCUAUAGCCAUAAGUUAGACGGUUGCACCCCAAAAAGACAGGGAUGGGAUGGGGAUAACUAUACCGGUGAGUCAGCUACGCCUUCUCGUCUUUCAUCCCCAGCUGUGCUGUUUAGUAAGAAUAUCGGCCUGGAACUCUGCUUCAAUCAAGAGGUUCAAUGAAAUAAACAUUUAUCAUCUUUUAAAGUAGGUUUCAUUUGAUAGAACCUCUAUGCUGUGACUGUGACAGGGCUGUGCCGAACGUCGAGUUCGAGGCUGAUUUAAUUACAGAAUAGCACUGCUAAUGUGGGUCUCCAAGGCUCCAGUGGAUUGCAAAAUCGGAGCCUCGGCAGAGUCAGCUAUAAAUUAGGCGAUCCCAUUAAUGAUUGGUAUAACGAUUGUUGAGGUUUAAUAAAUUAUUGCGACAAGUCGCUGUACGUAAUAACAUAGUUCAUAGUCGAGUUUUAUAGUAAAUAAUAUAAACAGUAAAUAUUUUGAUUCUACCAUUGAUAUAAUACACAUCUAAAAUUACUAAGUGCACAUGAAAAUCCUAAUUUGCAAAUUGAGUAUAGUAAAUUAUAUGUAGGUCAGUACAACAUCCUUUUAACUACAACCUUUUUAAUCAUAAAGUUAGGCCUAAAUGUACUAUUUGAACAUUUACGCUAUGCACAUAAACUUCUUGUUACGCGCGCA